GCGUACUCGAGAUCUGGUGGGCGGCGAGGGUUCCGUCUUAUUGGCGUCCGAUGUAAACACUCAAAUAGAGCUUCGCUUGCUUCGCUGACCGGCUGAUGAAAUGUCGACUCCGUCACCUAGUUCAUCGUCCGGGAGUUCUCCGUGCCUCAACUCUGUUUCAAUCCUGCAGCAUGAUAAACCCCCGACUAGCGUCCAGUGUGUGCGGGUUGAUGAGCGGUCGCUGUGUAUCGUCCGUAUGGAAGACGAGGGGGAUUUUAUUCCCUUGAGCUGCUUCCUGGAAUGGUCGUCGAUUACUGAAAAGGAGCUUCUUUCGAUAUUCGAAGAGUGCGGCCUGGAGAUGUCCAAACUGACAACUGUAGGCGAGGACGUUCGGCAUUCGCUGCACGAAACUCCGCACCAUUCGAAUGAAGCUUGCGCAAUGGACGAACGACUCCUUCCUCUCGGUGGAGCCAUAGCCUACCUGAGGAUAUUCGGAAUGAUGUACGAGGCUGCUUCAUUGGGCAACUAUUUGCUCAAAGAAGGUUUGCUCUCCGAGAAUAGCCUCAUUCCGUCUCCAUGUUAAUUUUGAUGCCGCUAAUCUGAAGGUCGCGAUUGGAGGUUCGAAACUGGAGCCAGGGGUGAUUCGCCUCAUCUCGGCUCCCCAGACUUUGUCUUAUCAGCAGAAAAUACAGGCGUCGG